AUGGCCACUAGUGACAAGAAGUUCAAUGAGGUUAUGAAUCACAACAAAAUGCUAGAAACCCAAAUCUCCCAAUUAGCCAAUGCAAUUAAAGAGGGAAAUAGUGCUUCUAAACUUCCACCACAAGGGCUUGACCCCAAGAGACCAGUGAACGCCAUUUCUACUAGGAGUGGGAAGUUGUUGAAGGAGGGUGAGCCAAAGAAAACCAAUGAGAGAGUGACCAUGAAUGAGCCCUCCCUUGAGAGUGAGUUUGAGCAAGAAGAUGAGAGAAGUUGUGAAAACGAAAAAGGUGAUGAAGUUGAGAAAGAAUUCCUAGAAACCUUGAAACAAGUCCACCUCUCAAUACCCUUUACCGAUGCCAAAAAACAAAUGCCCAAUUAUGCUAGGUUUCUAAAGGAUAUUGUGAGUGGAAGGAGAAGUUGUGAUGUUGUUGAAACGAUGAACCUCACCGAAAGUUGUAGUGCUAUCAUAAUGAACAAGAUGCCUCCAAAGUUAGGAGAUCCGGGUAACUUUUCCAUUCCUUGUGCCAUAAAUCGAAUACAAAUUGAUAGUGCUUUAUGUGACUUAGGGGCUAGUGUUAGCCUUAUGCCAUAUACAGUUUACCAAAGACUUGAUAUAGGGGAGCUUUUGCCUACCAACACUACCCUCCAAUUAGCGGAUAGAUCAAUCAAAUUCCCUAAGGGUAAGGUAGAAGAUGUUCCUCUAAGGGUUGGAAAGUUUGUUAUACCGGUUGAUUUUGUUGUGCUUGACAUGGAUGAGGAUGUACAUAGUCCUAUCAUUCUAGGGAGACCUUUUCUAGCUACAUCCGGUGCUUUGAUUGAUGUAAAAAGUGCUAAAAUUACACUCAAAGUAGGUGAAGAGGUUCUUGAGUUUGAUUUUAGUGCAAGCAUGAAAUAUCCUAGUUCUACUUUAGAGAAAUGCAUGAAAAUUGACACCAUUGAUUGUAUUGUGAAUUCUAUGCAAGAGCACUUGCUCUCUACAAACAAUGCCCUUGAGAAUGAAAAGAUAGGUGAUCAAAGCAAGGAAAUGGCGUUGUAUGAAGAGUUGCUUGAUGAGAAUGUUGAAGGAAAUGUUGAGCAAGCUUGCAUGGGAAUCACACCCAAACAUGCUAUGGAGAUUUCCCCUACAAAGGAAGGUAAUGGUGUGCCUAUGGUAGAACUAAAACCUAUACCAUCACACCUUAGGUAUGAAUUUCUUGGACCCAAUUCCACGUUUCCCGUGAUUGUGAAUGCAUCUUUUAAUGAACACCAAACUCGAAUGUUAUGUGGUGUGUUAAGAAACCACCAAAAUGCCUUGGGAUAUACCCUUGAUAAUCUCAAGGGUAUUAGUCCCGCUAUUUGCAUGCAUCACAUAACAUUGGAGGAGGGUGCAAAUCCAUCCAUAGAGAGGCAAAGAAAACUCAACCCUCAAAUGGGGGAGGUGGUGAAGAAGGAAAUCAACAAGCUCCUAGAUGCCGGCAUCAUCUUCCCCAUUUCGAGCUCAAGGAGAAUGCCAUUUGGUCUAUGCAAUGCACCCGGGACGUUUCAAAGAUGCAUGAUGAGCAUAUUUGGUGACAUGCUCGAAGAGGAAAUGGAGGUGUUCAUGGAUGACUUUUCGAUUGGUGGCCUUUCAUUUGAGGAGUGCUUGACAAAUUUAGGCAAGUGCUUGGCAAGAUGCGAAAAAGUCAAUUUGGUCUUGAAUUGGGAGAAGUGCCACUUUAUGGUUGAGGAAGGAAUUGUCCUUGGGCAUAAGAUCUCCAACACAGGAAUUGAGGUUGACAAAGCCAAGGUUGAAGCCCUUAAUGCUCUUCUUCAAAAGGAGGCUGAUUUCGUGUUUAAUGAAGAGUGCCUCAAUGCUUUCAACAAGUUAAAGCAAGCUUUGAUUUCUACUCCUAUUGUGCAAGGGCCGAGAUGGGAUUUGCCCUUUGAGCUUAUGUGUGAUGCUAGUGAUGUAGCUAUUAGGGGUGUGCUUGGACAAAGAGUUGAAAAGAGACUUCAUCAAUUUGAUGUUGAAAUCCGUGACAAGAAAGGGGCCGAGAAUGUAGUUGCGGACCAUCUCUCCCGUUUAGAGAAUGUGCAAGCAAGUGAUGAUGAGGUCCCUAUAUGUGAUGAAUUGAGAGAUGAUGUGCUUUAUGUCUUGAAUGAGAAAGAGCUUCCUUGGUUCGCCGACUUGGUGAACUACUUAGCAUGUAGGGAGUUUCCUCCCGAUUUCUCCAAGAAUCAAAGGAAGAAACUUAAACGAGAAGCAAGACAUUAUGUGUGGGAUGACCCCAUUCUCUACAAAAGGGGAGUAGAUGGUUUGCUCCAAAGGUGUGUUCCAAAUGAAGAAGUUCAAAGUGUGCUAGAGAUGUGCCAUUCCAAUCCUUGUGGAGGCCACAUGGGGACAAACAAAACAGCCUUGAAGAUCUUGCAAAGCGGUUUGUGGUGGCCUCACAUCUUUAAGGAUGCUUGA